UAGAUUGUUUCGCAUAAGGCGCUUCCUAAGCUACAUUUGCGUGGAAAGAAGUUAUAACGGUUGCAACGAAUGUUAUAUUCAUGCAUGUAAUAGAGUCGACUGCAAACGCAUAAACUAUAUUAUUUAAUUUCUAAAAACCUCCAGAGGCUAUCUUCUUUAACAUAUAUUAUUCUCUUCUUAUAAUGGGUCUGACGAUACCUAUAUUUCAGUAAGAAAUAUACGCUACUAAUCGUCUGGAACCGCUUGCGUUACGCAAUCAAUUAACACUGCGCCGCGCUCGACGAAGUAUCUUGUUUGUCUCACAGUCAGUUUGUCUUUUAUACUGUCGUGUCAUGAUGGAUUUAUCGUGGCUUUCGUCGCCCUUUGCGCUAUUAUUAAUAACUCUGGUCGUCAUCGGCGUCCUGAAAAUUGUCGCUGUAGUGCAUCAUUCAUAUUUUUACUGGAAAAAUAAGGAUGUACCUUACCUGCCAGAUUCAUCUUUCAUAACGGUUUGGAAAUUGUUUCUGGGUCAUGUCAGUUUUGUCGAUCAUUUUCAAUAUCUAUACAAUUACUUUCCGGACGCAAAAUAUGUUGGACUAAUGGAAUUUAGCAGGCCUGCCGUGCUACUGCGCGAUCCUGAUCUGAUCAAAGAUAUCAUGGUAAAGGAUUUUGAAUCCUUCCCGGAUCAUCGCAGUUUCGUCGACGUCAGUGCGGAACCGCUAUUUGGCAAGAACAUCUUCGCCUUGCGCGGAGAUCGUUGGAGAGAAAUGAGGAAUACAUUAAGCCCCUCUUUUACAGCCAGCAAGAUGAAGAUCAUGUUUGACCUGAUGUCGGAAUGUUCUCACAAUUUCGUUAAUUAUUUGGUCGAUCAUCCGGAAGUCUGCCAUGCGAUCGAAACGAAGGGGGUCUUUAGACGAUACGCCACCGACGUAAUUGCUACGACAGCCUUUGGCAUAAGUGUGAAUUCUAUGAAAGAUCCAGACAAUGAGUUCUAUACAAGAGGAAUAGAGAUUACCAAGGGAUUUUCUCCCGGACCGCUAGCGAUGGCUAAGAUGAUCCUUUUCCAAGUGUGUCCACGGUUCGCUAAAUUAAUAGGCCUGUCUCUUUUUCCGGCUACCAGCGAGUUUUUCAAGAAGAUCGUGGGGGAAACCAUUAGAGCGCGAGAAGAGCAAGGUAUCGUUAGACCGGACAUGAUUCAUUUAUUAAUGCAGGCUCGGGACAAAGAAGGUGCCGGUGUAUAUAAGAUGACAUUAGAUGACAUCGUUUCGCAAGCCUUUAUCUUUUUCUUCGCUGGUUUCGAAACAUCUGCGGCGCUGAUGUGUUUCGUUGCUCACGAGCUGGCAGUUAACCGAGAUAUACAAGAUCGUUUGCGCGAAGAGGUACAACAGCAUCUUGCCGAAGGAAACGGGGAGAUUUCUUACGAGUCGCUGUCGAAGAUGUCUUACAUGGAUAUGGUGAUCUCCGAGACUCUCAGAAAGUACCCACCGAUGAUUCUCACCGAUAGACUUUGUGCUAAGAGAUAUGAAUUACCUCCGUCGCGAUCAGGCUGCAGGAAUGCGAUCGUUGAACCCAACAAUGUAUUGAUGAUUUUCAUUCACGGUUUACAUCGCGAUCCGGCGUACUUUCCGAACCCGGAUAAGUUCGAUCCCGAAAGGUUCAGCGAGGAGAACAAAGACAAAAUUUUACCGUACACUUAUCUACCAUUUGGUCACGGACCUAGAAAAUGUAUUGGCAAUCGAUUUGUUCUCAUGGAGGCUAAGAUUCUGAUAGCUCAUCUUUUACAAAAGUUUACUGUGAAGACUACGGAAAAGACUGUCGAACCAAUUGUAUACACUAAAAAGGAGUUUGCGUUGCAACCUGUUGGCGGAUUCUGGAUUGGCUUAGAGAAGAGAGAAACGUGAGAAUCUUGAAUACAGAAUCAAAGAGAGGGUAGACGACGAAGAGUGUAUUAUGACGAGGAGCUGAUAAUAUCGAUCAUAGAAAACUUUUCUUUUAAGAAAAAUUUAAACGACGAUUUAGAUAAUUAAAACUAUCGUUAAUUACCCUGAGACUUGCGCAGUAUUGGUACGCAGAUAUAGGAUUUAUGUGUGGGGCAAUUCUUGGCAACAAGCAAAAACUAUGUAAGCUACUCUGCUAUCACAUGUCACAAUAAAAUUUAUUUAACGA